AUGUCAAACAUCCUAUCCGUGUUUAAUCCACCCCCACCAAGAGACUUGCCAGAGAAAGAAUAUAAAUAUUGUUUACCAUGCACUGCAAUCCAAUCUGCAGUGGGCCUAGGUCUCGGUACUGUGCUUAGUUCACCAAACCAAUUUAAAGAUCAAACUACAGGCAAAAUAGAUCUCGUGAAGAAUCCCCUUUGGUGGCAACGCUCAGUUAGAAGUGCGGGUGUAAUACUUUUGGCAUUGGGAGCUUAUCGUGCUGGUGAAGUUGUUCAAGCUGUAUAUCAGAAGAAAUUUUAA